AUGCCCAUGGACGACACUUCGGGCACGUCGAUGGGGGCCCCUGGGCCUGGGGCUAUGCCCAUGGCUAGUGCGUCACCUCCUAGUGCUUCGAUAGCCACUGCCCCGGUCGUUUCGGCGCCCACUGCUCCGGUCAUCGCGGCUGCUAGUGCUCCGACCACUGAGGAGGACAUAUCUUUGCAGUCGUUGGGAGCACAAGCAGACGAGCAAGGCGUUUUAGAGAUUCUGAGCGAGAACGGUACGGACCCGAUAACAGUGAGGAACUUGGAACCAGGAGACAGCUGCAAUGAUGAUUGUCUCCAUGCCAAGUUUGAGGCUUUGGAAAGGAUGCAGCUGCGGCUCAAUAGCUCGCUGGAACCGGUCACUGAUCGAGGAAUGUUGCACGCGGCCGACUCUAGGGAAAAGUUGGUGGACUUCAAAGGCCGACUAUUUAAAGUGGAGGACGUUAUUGAAGGUAGAGGAGGUUCUGAUACGGGCCUUAUUGGUCAAGUGAAUGAGGUCAAGCCCGCCGGGGUCUCUAUCGGGAAACUGCUGGAUAGUACUAUGUCCAAUUUAUUCGAUAACCUAAAGGAGCUCCAGAAGAACGGCGCGCAAGAAAUAAGGCUGUCGAAGGACAAGUUCACGUCGAAGAUUGAUUCGGUGCAAGAAUCGGUGGAUGCCAUGUUGAAGCGCAUUGGUAAUAACAUGGUGGUCAACAGCUACGGUCUGGAUGACGCUAUGGGGAGGAGAGUGAAGGCGGCGACCAACGGGGUAGCGGCCAGUCAGCGAAGUUCAGUGAGAGAUGUUGCUGUGGUCGACAGGGGCAUCGCUAAGACAGGGCGUGUGGUUGAUAAGAGCUCAGCUGAGAUCUCAGCUGGGCUCGACGAUGCUGGUGAUGAUAUAAAGGAGAUCCUCUCCAAAGGGCAAGCCGGCAUGAGGACCUUCAAUGUGAAUCUUAUCAAGGACUUGGAUCAGAUGACAUUGAGGGAACGAGCAGUUCUGAAUCAGAAAGUGAAGGCUGCGAAGCGCGCUGGGGAUAUCAGAGUCGAGCAAGAGGCAAACCAAAUGCAGGGGAAGUUGUCCCGGUCGAGUCAGUUUUUCAAUACUCUCACCGCCGAUGCGCAGAAGAACUUCACGGCAGAGAUUGCCGCUGCUGGCAUUGGUCUGGAAGGUGUGGGCAAGUUGAACGAUAAGGCCCUCAGUGAUCUGUUCGAGAAGAUGCAGCAUGGCAUGGGUCGGCUCUCCCAGGAGGACGCGAGGGCGGUGCUGGCCCAAAAUAGGAUCACUUUGGAGCUCCAGAAGGAUAUCGGCUUUCAAGAGGAGCUCGUCAAGCGCAUGGGCUCAACUGACGCUGAUGCACUGUCCAAAAUUUGGGAGGCACUGGGACAGGAUUCGGCGACUGCUGAGAAGGUGCUGAUGAUGAUGGCCAAGGGUCUCGAAGGAGAUGCCCGUAGUGAGGCCAACAGUAUUGAGGCUGAUCUGGCGGCAGUAGCAUUGAAAAGCAGGGAGGGCGCUCUUGCUUUCGAGCAGGCGUUGAGUGGUGAUACUACUAAGCUCCGGAACUUCAUUCGCGAGCUGGAGGUGAAGUUGAAACCCGAGGUGGAGGGCGCUGGCAAGGCGCUGAGAAAUUCGGAAGGAGUGGUAGAAGGAAAUUUGAGGGACGUGAUGUUCCGUAAGGAGGAAGCGUUGAAGAGCGUGGGUCACAGUGUUUCGGGCCGUAUCGAGAAGGUUGGAUACGAAAACGCUAAGACUAGGAAGGCGAACAUAGAGAGAGGCAAAGAGGCUCUCAGUGGAAUCAUGGGGGAUCUUUCGAGUGAAAAAUCGAGCGACCUGAAAGAGCUUCUGGAGAGCCUGAAGGAGGACGACCAGGCCCACAAUGAGCUCCUUGCCCUUAUUGGAACCUCUUCGGUGGAUGCUCUCAAGGACAUUCGCUAUCUUGGGAAGGCGAUAAGAGGCUCGGACGUGGCCUUGACGAGCAACACGGUGGGGAUGAACAGAUUGAAGCAGCAGCUCGUGAAGCUAGCGGGCAGAGGAAAUAAUGCCCUGGGGGCUCUGUCGACUUUGCUAACGCAAAUGGCCGCGCGGAAUGAAGAGGCGCUGAAGACUCAAUGGGCUCGGUCCACGGUGAUAUCUGCUGAUUCUCGGAAGGACGUGAGCGCCUUGCUGAAUCGGCUGGUCGAUGAUGCCAAACGGAACACCACAGCUAAAAUACCCGACUUACUGCGGGCUUUCAUCCAAGAGGUACGGGAUGUCGAGGCCAGCAGCGCUCAGACGAAGGCGAUAGUGGCGGCGUCUGAUGAUGAUGUCCGAAGGCUAGGGGCCAAGCUUCAAGCCAACAGGGCGGAAAUGGAGAUCUCUAAGAACCGGCUCGCUCAGACUAUGGGCAGCCUACUGCAGCACGUCGAUGCUUCCGACUCUAAGUACCUGUUGGACCUGGCCGACCAGUCGACUAAGUGGAGCCGCUACACCUCGGACCAGAUGAAGCACUACUUGGACACCGAGACGAAGGCAUUGCUUGACCGCUCUGAUAUGGAGGGGGUCUCAGCCCAGAGGAUGUACGCGACGCUGAGCGAUAUACAGCACAAGCUCACUACUGGAGACGCUCAGCUGGAUGCUCGGCUGAUGUCGGAGGAAUCAGAGCUAACUAAAGAGUCCGAAGCGCACAAGAAGAAAAUGGUGGCGCUGGGCAAGCACUUUAUAGAUACGAUGGGGGAGGAUUCCGAAGAGGUCAAGGACUUGCAUAAGAAACUCUCGCGUGUGGUGUCGGUGAACGGCCAAGCGAUCGCUGAUGUUACGAGAGGCCUUCAGCAUGGCCUUAGGAAUAUCACUGCCGCUAUGGUGAGGCAUGGUGUUGGAGGUAUUCCCGCUGCUGGUCUCAUGCGGCUCAUGCAGGUUAAAAGCGCGAUGGGCGUUAAGCACGACUUUCUCUACGGCCAGGAGGUGUUGAGGAAGAUGGUGGAACAGCUGAGGGCGGUGCUGCGUAUCCGAGAGCAGGCCGAGCACGAAAGGCGAAUCAAGGAGCAUACUAAUGCGAUCAUGCAAUUGGUGGCGUUGGCUAAACGGCAGGAAGCUGAGCGAGCUCAGACUGAGGGGAAGAGCGACAAGGCACAGGAACAGAAUGCGAAUCAAGUGAUAGGAGUGGCGGAUAUCAUCCACAGGUUGAUGGUGGCAACAGGGGCCGUGGACAACUCGGAGUUGAGCGGAACUCGAGCUGUUGAGGGCGAUAUGACUAACGUCACCCAACACGCCGAUGCAAUAGUUGGUGAUCUCCGUGGUGACAUCGCGAAAGGACUAGAGGAGGCUCGGAAGGCCCACGGCAAGGGGGCGGAAGAGGUCGGCUACAACCUUAGGGGGAGUGUCGCUAAUGCAGCGCGUAAAUCUGGGAACCUCGAUCACGAGAUGUACGACAUGUCCAUCGCGACUGCUCAGCAAGCUAGAAGCGAUGGGUCACAUCUGGCCGAGAAUGCUAGGGACCUCGAGUCGGCGGCAGGGACGGUUGCCAUGUUUGGCCAUGUCAGUGGCAACGAGCUGCGGGCUCUUUCUCACAAUGCACACGCCUCAAAUGAGGCGAUGCAACGAGAGAUAGCUCGAACACAUGGCGUAAAUCUUGAUCGUGUGUCACGCCUCGAUGAUGUCGUGAAGACCUUUGUCACGCUGACGGAAGGGUUCAUGAACGAGACUAAGGAAACUGUGAAUGGGAUACGCCACGAUUUGAACGACGCUACUCGGCUGUCUUCAGAGCAGCUCUCUCACUCAUCGAUCGGGGGGACUGAGAUUGCCAAGAGUGCUACGGCCAGGGCUCAUGCGAUACUGCAAGCCAUCGAGGACCACAGGGCCACCUCCAAGACUAUAUCGGGCGAACUAAGACGGAGGCUGACCGAACUCGAGGCUCUUAGUAUCGAGAUGGACCGGAAUCAGAUUGUCCAGCAGAAUGGAGUCGAGGCUAUGCUAGCCGAUGCACGGGAGAAGGUUGUCAGGUCGCAAGGAGAUAUCAAGAAGAGUGUGCAUGAUUGGAUCAGGGAUGCUACUUCUCGUUAUACACAACAAUUGAUUGAUGCGUCAUGA